GGCCCCGUGAACUUAGCAGCGCUAGCUAGCUAGCUAACACCGGGCUAACCCACCGGGGCUAACUCCGUCCUCACUGGAACAGAAAACCUUUCCUGGCGCAAUAUAAGACGAACAAACUGACGACUUAGAUAAAAGAGCACAACUAGCCGGAGAGCGUCGCUUCGUGAGCGCGCGCACUGUCGCACACUAGCUUGUCUUUCCAUCAACAAUGCAGCCUCCGUUGCAGCUAAGCUAAAAAGCGCAGCUAGCUGCUAACUGCUAACUGUUAACGGACCACACAUUUACCACUCACCUUGCCGACCCGGAGCUGUUUGAAGACGGCAGUGCUUCGUUGAGAACUCCCCUCUCCGGCUGAUCUCUGGUGUUUUUUGAAGUCUACAGUAAACGAGUGAACGCUGUCAAUGAAGCUCAGUCGUCAUGAAACACAUGAGCCCUGACAGGAGCAGGAGGCUGGAGAGCACAGGAGGCAGAAGGGCGCUGCGCGGAUGACGAGUCAAGCCAGAGUAUUCGAAAGAUGGAAACAGGCUGGGAGAAGAUUCCUGAGGAGGCUGACAGGAUGCAGAGACGCACCAGGUGACUGGAUGGAGGCCUGAGGGGUGUCUGGUCAUCCUCGGAAAAUGAGAUCAACAUGUCAUUCUUCUUCACUGUUUGAAGUUCGUUAAAAAGACAGUAAAGCUGAACAACACUCAAGGCAAGAAAACAACUAAAGAGCUGAUUUCCAUCAUCGUUUCUUCCUCUGUCGCGAUAAAACCCUGUGAGUCAUGAUGUCUUUAUGAUUGACUUGUGCCCCAAAUGAAGAGGGAAAAAACCAUGGCAACAUUUCAGAGUCAAGCCCAUCAUCAGCGUUAGCUUCAACGGUCAAAGCGUUUGAUUCAAGGACACUUGGGGAAUAAGGAGGACAGACCCUUCACAGACAUGACGGACAACACGAGCUCCCGAGUCGACACCCCGACCAACAUCUCUCUGAGUCCCAGCGUCGGCGUCUCCGAGUACAAGACGGUGUCGGUGUUCCUGGUGCUGCUGGUGUGCGGCGUGGGCAUCGUGGGCAACAUCAUGGUGGUGCUGGUGGUGCUCACCACGCGCCACAUGAGGACGCCCACCAACUGUUACCUGGUCAGCCUGGCCGUAGCCGAUCUCACGGUGCUGGUGGCGGCGGGGCUGCCCAACGUGGCCGACAGUCUGACGGGCACGUGGGUCUUCGGCCACGCCGGCUGCCUGGGGAUCACCUACCUGCAGUACCUGGGCAUCAACGUGUCCUCCUGCUCCAUCACUGCCUUCACCGUGGAGAGGUACAUUGCUAUCUGCCAUCCGAUGAAGGCUAAGACCAUGUGCACGGUGUCCCGGGCCAAGCGCAUCAUAGCUGUGGUUUGGAUCUUCACCUGUGUCUACUGCAUGAUGUGGUUCUUCCUGGUGGACAUUCAGGUCGGCCAGGACGGACACGUGCAGUGCGGCUACAGGGUGAGGCGGGAGCUCUACCUGCCCAUCUACCUCACCGACUUCGCCAUUUUCUACGUCGUCCCGCUGCUGCUCGCCAUCGUGCUGUACGGCCUGAUCGCGAGAAUCCUCUACCUCAGCCCUCUGCCCAACCAUCCCGACGCCGGCGCCACCACGCUGCGACGCAGCUGCCGGGAGACCUCUGAACCGGGGAAGGGCGGUCGCCCGGGCCGCCCAAGGACGGCGCUCUCCUCCAGGAAACAGGUGACCAAGAUGCUGGCGGUGGUGGUGAUCCUGUUCGCUCUGCUGUGGAUGCCCUACCGGACUCUGGUCCUCAUCAACUCUUUCGUGUCGACGGCGUAUCAGAACGACUGGUUCCUGCUGUUCUGUCGGACGUGCAUCUACGCCAACAGCGCCAUAAACCCUGUGAUAUACAACGUCAUGUCCCAGAAGUUCCGCUCUGCGUUCCGGGGGCUUUACCGUUGCCAGCGGCCAGAGGGACUCCGGCGGACGCUGUCCACGAUCCAGACCGGCCUCGGCACCGUGCGAGACCCCCGGACGUCCCAGGCCAACAGCAAGGGAGCCAACGAAAGGGCCAGGAGGUCCAUCCUGAGCGCCGCCACGGAUCUGACCACGCAGCAGAACAGAAGCAGCCUUCAGGAGACCGGCGGCGGCGAGAAAUCCGAUCGGCCUUUUGACGACAACCCACCAACUUUCAGCUUUGGUGAGGGUCCGUCACAAACAACUGGUGAGGAGGAUCUGGAAAAGCCUUCUUCAAAUGACGCCGCUGUAGAUGUCAAACAAACAACAAACGACAAACAGGAAAAAAUGUAAAUAUUCCCAUUAUUACCAUGUUGUAGGAUAUGAAGGAAAAAAAACACAAAACCAACAGAUCGGGUGAUUUUCUCAUGCACACGACAACAAAAGAUAGAAGAAAUUUCAGUAACAUUUUUUUCAUGAUUUAAAAGUGGUAGUUUCUGCAAUGACCACUGAGGGACACAUGUAAAUACAUUGAUGAUGACGAGGAAACGGCUUAAUUCAUUCCACGUUAUACACUGUAAAACUACUUAUAGAUACAAACCUUUAUGGAAAUUAACGACUUCCACAAACUUUGUCCCAUAAGUCAGCGUUCCCUUUAAUGGAUGAAAACACCGACACCGGUCAUCAGCCCAUUGUUGGCUAAUGUCUUAGCGCUGUAGUGUAGCUACGCUAACUGUACCAUGAUGAAUGAUAUCAGCUUCCUGGUUUCAUCUUUAAUGUCAUGAAAUGAGUGUAAAUAGCUUUUCCCAUAAGACCCAGUCACUAUGAGGAUUUAUUAGAUAGAUGAUUUUUGGGGGGUUUUCAUUAACAGUUUAUCACUUAAAGCUACAGUGUCAUUUUUGUAAUUUUCUGGCGCCAUCUGGUGGUAAAGUUGCAAACCGUAACCAACUGAGCGACC